UAUUGUAAGGUCUGUCAAAGUGAUGUUAUGAUAGCGUUUUGUUGGAACCGAAUUUAUUAUUAUCUUUAUUAUUAUUGUUGUGAAUUUGAUUAAAAUUUACCAAUAAGCUCGUGGACUAAUAAUUGAACUUUAGCGAAAACAAACUGCCAACGACCGUGCCUUUGUACGUAUCAUUCUAAACAACUUUCAACGUCCCACCCCUGUUCUGCUGAUAUCAUGGAAAUUCCAAGGAAGUAGUGGUUUUUUGGUCAAUAUUUUUAGGAAUUAUCAAUAAACCAUGAAAUGUAAUUAGGUUUUUUAACGAUAUUUGGACCUCUGAUAUUACUUAGUAAGCUGGAUUUAAACAUGGUGCCUGUACCAGCAGAGUAUACACCAGAUUUCUGGAACCUAGUAUCACCAGAAAGUACUGAUGUUGCCUUGACUUGUUUGCUGCCCAAUGGAAUUGGUUUUAUGCUUAAAGUUAAUUACAAUGCUACAGUCGCAGAAAUUAAGGAGGACGUCUGGGAUGAAGCAUCAAAAUAUCCACUCUAUGGCAAACUUCAGGCAGACAAGUCUCAGUACAUAUUCAGAAUUGUUAAUUCCAUGGCAGAACGAGAAGAGCUCACCGAUGAAUGCCGGAAAUUGUCUGACAUCAAACCGAUGGGGUGUGUGAUAAUUAUUUCUGAACGGCGACAAACAUCUGCUGAUCACUCUAUUAAUGUGACUAUUGGCCAUUUAAUUGGGAAAGUACUACAAGAAUUCGAUGCACUAAACAGUUCCGAAAUCAACGAUUUUCGCUUUAACAUGAGAAAGAUGGGUGAAAGUAUUGCUAAAGAAAGGAACAGAGGUACUUGGCAAGAAAAGUUACUUUAUCAGUUUCCACCGAGAAUGUCAGAGUCCACCCUACUAAUAUGCAUGCAGGAUGUGGAUUCAAUUAGAGUCGAAACCAAAUGCGAAUAUGACUCUUUGGAUCCCGACCAGUUUGGAAGUCAAGAUAUCUUACAGAGCUCGUUUCAGUUUAACAUUUCACCACUAACUAGGCCGACCGAAUUGAUCGAAAGGGUACUUACGAAGAAAGCGCAGUGGCUUAAAAUAAGUAAAGGACGUGUGCUGGAAUAUGUGCUUAAAGUUUGUGGUCGUGACGAGUAUCUGCUGGGAGAUUAUCCUUUGAAUCAGUAUCAAUAUAUUCAAGACUGUAUUACGGAACAUGUUACUCCAUCUUUUCUCACUUUACAUAUUAAUAGGAUACCGUCAGUUGUAGCUAGUGAUUAUGAAUAUCUCGACACUUCGUAUAUGAGAAAAUCUACAGUUAGUUCUACAAAUACUCUAAGGAAGAAGAAGACCACCCAAUCCUGGUCUAUAACUGAUAAUUAUUCCAUUACUAUUAACACUGCCAGCAAACUUAACUGUGAUAUUAAAAAGACGACAGAGAUCGGAAUUCAAAUGGGUUUAUUUCACGGCGGCAAACCUUUGUGUCAGCCAGUAAAAACCGAUGAAGUUCCCCUAAACGAUGGCUGUACUGUGGAUUUCGAUGUCACACUCGAUUUUGAUAUUCAAGUCUGCAACGUACCGCGAAACGCCAAACUGUGUUUCGUCGUUUAUGAGGUGAACAAGUGCUAUAAGGGUACUAAACCUAGAAAGCCCAAAGAUCAAAAGUCUGACAGCCAAAUAAACCCCAUAGCGUGGGCGAAUACGUCGGUAUACGACUAUAAGGGGCAUUUGCGGACGGGCGCGAUGACUCUUUACAUGUGGACCGACGCUGAAGAUAUGAACUCGGAUGAAGUUUUGCAUCCACUUGGCACAGUUGUCAGCAAUCCGAAUACUGAGUAUUGUACCGCUUUAACGUUGGUUUUUACCAAUUUUGCAACGCCCGAUACGACGAUAGUAUUCCCAAGUACAGAUGCCAUGGUAAGAUACGCCGAAAGUCUCGAAAAAGAUCAAAUACUGGAUGAAAUAACUCCGGAAGUGUCCGACAACUGCAAAAGAUUGCUAAGCGACAUGGAAAACUUUUACGACGUUCACGAUCAAGAUCGCAAAAGUUUAUGGAAGUACCGCAGGGACUGGAUGAUCGAAAUCCCUGAGGUAUUUCCGAAACUGCUGUUGUGCGUUGAUUGGGAUAAAAAGGAGGAGGUUAGUCAGGCGAUGCAGAUGUUACAAGAAUGGCCCAAGUUGCCCGUUCAAAAAUCGCUGGAAUUAUUGGAUUACGCUUAUGCUGACCAAGAGGUCAGGCGAUUCGCUGUGAAAUGUUUGAAAGAUGUGAGUGAUGAGGACCUUUUACUGUAUCUUUUACAACUGGUUCAAGCGAUAAAGCACGAACUGUAUCUCGAAUGUGAUUUAGUUACUUUUUUGAUUGAGAGGGCGUUAAGGAAUCAGAAAAUUGGCCAUUUCCUAUUUUGGCAUUUAAGAUCUGAAAUGAAAAUGCCAGCAAUAUCGGUCCGUUUCGGUCUGAUAUUGGAAGCUUACUGCAGAGGAAGCCAGGAACACAUACCGAUGCUACAAAGACAGAUACAAACAGUAGAAAAACUGAAACAAUGCUGUGAAUUAGUGAAAAAGAAAAAAGAUAAAUUGGGCGCGAAGGCGGCAAUGCAAGAGUUCUUAAACAUGGGAGACGAUAGGGAUAUUGUUAGGAAUCCUCUGGAUCCCAGUUAUAGGUGCAAUAAAAUUAAGAUAGAAAAAUGUAGGGUUAUGGACAGCAAAAUGAAACCUUUAUGGGUGGUGUAUGAGAAUUCUGAUACUUACGGGGAUGAUAUAUAUAUUAUUUUUAAAAAUGGAGAUGAUCUAAGGCAAGAUAUGCUAACGUUACAGAUGAUUAAGAUUAUGGAUAGGCUGUGGAAGAAAGAAGGUUUGGAUCUUCGAAUGAACCCUUAUAACUGCAUAUCCCUUGAACAACGAGUGGGUAUGAUCCAGGUAGUCUUAAAUGCGGAAACUAUCGCUAACAUCCAAAAGGAAAAGAGCCCCGCUGUGGUAUCGUCUUUUAAGAAAGAUUCUAUUUUAGCCUGGCUUAAAGAAUACAACAGAACAGAAAAAGCUUUAUCAAAAGCCAUCAAAGAAUUCACAUUAUCUUGUGCGGGCUAUUGCGUUGCCACAUACGUUUUGGGUAUAGCUGAUAGACAUUCCGAUAAUAUUAUGAUAAAAAGAACUGGCCAGCUAUUUCAUAUCGAUUUCGGUCAUAUCCUGGGCCAUUUUAAGGAGAAAUUCGGCAUUAAAAGGGAGAGGGUGCCGUUUGUAUUGACUCAUGACUUUGUCUACGUGAUCAAUAAAGGCCAGAAAGGUAGACCGGGCCGUGAUAAGGACCAGUCGAAUAAAGCUUUAGAGUUUAUGAUAUUUCAAGAAUGUUGUGAAAAGGCCUUUAUGAUUUUGAGGAAACAUGGCAAUUUGAUCUUGUCACUUUUUGCCAUGAUGAUCUCUACUGGUUUACCAGAACUAAGCUCCGAGAAGGAUCUCCAAUAUUUAAGAGAAACUUUGGUGCUAAAUAAGACUGACGAGGAAGCCCUCGAACACUUCAGAGCAAAGUUCAACGAGGCUCUGAGAAAUUCCUGGUCCACCUCCGUAAACUGGGCCUCUCACAACAUUUCGAAGAACAACAAAGCGUAGUAACGCCAUCUCUCCUUUCUCCUUGUAAAUAUAGCAUAAGUCUGUACCAUAUAAGUAACUCGAAAUCAAUAAAAAUGUGCCAAUAUUAUAAUUAGUUAAGCGAAUUAAAUUGUAAGCAUAAAAUUAAAUAGCGUAAGUUAAUAAAUAAAAUGUUUUAAUUGA